CUGACCCCGCCGCGACCCCUGACCCCGCCGUCACCCCCCGGGCCCCGCCGCGACCCCUGACCCCGCCCCCCGGGCCCGCCGCUCCCGGAAGCCCCGAACGGGGCGGGGUCAGGGGUCAGGGGCCGCGGCGGGAGCGGAGCGGAGCGGCCCGGCCAUGGCGGGCAGCAUGGCGGGCAGCGUUGCGGGCAGCGUUGCAGGCAGCGAGGCGGGCAGCGAGGCGGGCAGCGGGCGCGUGCGGGCGCUGCAGCAGGAGGUGGAAGGCGUCAAAACCAUCAUGACCCAGAACGUGGAGCGGAUCCUGGCGCGGGGCGAGAACCUCGAGCAGCUCCACAGCAAGAGCCAGGACCUGGAGGCCACGUCGGAGCACUUCAAGACGACGUCGCAGAAGAUGGCCCGCCGGUACUGGUGGAAGAACGUGAAGCUGCUCGUCAUCCUCGGCCUCGUGGGUGCCAUCAUCCUCAUCCUCAUCAUCCUCCUGGCCACCGGCACCAUCCCCACCUAGAGCCCCUGUCCCGCCCCGGGGACCCCCCGGUGUCCACCCCCCCCGCGUCCCCGAGGAAUACAGGGGUGCCGAGUGCCGUGGG